AUGUCAGACACUUUUCUAUAUUCAUACCCCUCUCCCCUGGAAGGAUAUGAGGGGCUGGAGCCGCUUGGUGAGGAGCUCGAAGAGGAUGGGAAGUCGUUCAAAAACCCCAAGACUGGGGUCAAGAGCGAGGCAUAUAACAGAUUCACUAGCGGGGUAACCAACGGUCGACGAGGAGGAUUCGAUGUCCACAUUUACUACCACGCAGGCAGUGCCGAACAGACGCAAUUCGCGAAAGAACUGAGGGAACGCAUCCGACGAGAAUUUCCAGAACUGAGGAUGUACCGUCUUUGGGACAAGCCAAUUGGACCCCACACCAUGGCCAUGUUUGAAGUCAAUAUCUUCAGCCCGGAACAGUUUGGGGCAUUCAUUCCAUGGUUGGUGAUCAAUCGAGGCCCGUUGUCUGCUCUGCUUCAUCCCAAUACGGAUGACGACGACGAGCUGCGGUCGCACAGCCAGAGGGCGACCUGGCUUGGUGAAAAAGUGCCUCUGGACCUCUCGCCUCUGAAGAAGAUGCAAGAAAAGAAGGAAAGUGAAUUGAAAAGUUCAAUUUGA